CCCUAGCAUGUUUUACCCAAGAGCCCUAGCAUUUCCCCAUUCGUUUUAUUCAUGAGAGUGGCGGCAUCCAAGCUCAGGAAAAGCGGCAUUGCGCAGCGCAUUUCAUCCGUGAGUGACGAUCUCGUGAAAAUCCGUCAAGCCGAGAGGCGCAAGGUCGAGAUUGUCACGGAUCAAUCUUUCGAGCUCCCAGGUGGGAAAUUCCUCCACAUUUCGUCCGAUCACAGCAAACACAAGGGCACGAAGUUCGCAUUUCUCGGCACUUCUCUCUUCCCUGGAAGAACCGAACCGUGCCUUCUUGUAAAAAAUGGUGAGUUUUUCUCUCUUUUUGUUUUCUUGGCUUUCGAGAACUUUGUUUUAGAAGGACGAUGCUUCAUUUUUAACUGCGGAGACAAUGUUUAUCGAGAACUUCAGCGUGCCUCUUAUCUCGAGAAGCAGUGCACGAUUUUUGUAACGAGCAUGGACAUCAACAAUAUUGUUGGACUCCCUGGUCUAUUGUCGCCUGGAGUUUUACCCCCACCCGUGGUGAUCUAUGGUCCUCAAGGUCUGCGGCAGUACAUUAGAGCUACGCUACGAGCCUGCUUUGCUAGAGUUCCCACAAAGUAUACCGUGCAUGAACUCCUUUUAAACAAUGACUUGAGAGUUGGAAAUCAGCAAUCUCAAGACUUGAUGCACGAAGAUGAGCUUUAUGGAGACGAUCUGCUGUGCUCUGGAAACGAUUCAUAUCCACUCGUCGAAGAUGACCACCUCAACGUGAUAUCCUGGUCUUUGUGCCAAAAGAAACAAAGCUGCGGUUUCAUCUACAAGGAAACGGGAACUUCGGGAAACUCCAUUGCUUUGGUGAGCCGGAAGAGCGAGAGAGUACCAUGGUGCUUGAAAGCCAAAGACGUGGAUGUUCUCGUUCAUGAAAUUGACAAUACCAUCCAUGGAGCUCAAAUCGCUGGGGAUCAAGCCAAGGCUAUCAAUGCCAAGUCCCUUGUGAUGAGCGGCUGUUCAAGAACUGGAAGCCAGGAACUUGAAGCAGCUAAGUCGAGAUUUGGAAAAGCAAGCGUAGCUCUAAGCAUGGACCACGUUACCUUCACUUUGAAUAACAAUGGAUGAUCAAGCUAUUUUAUGGUUUGGACACCUUAUAAUCACUUUAGAAGCUUUCUAAGUAUGUUCUAGCAUA